GUUGGGUGAAAAUUAGGGACCUCAGCAUCAAAACCAUGGGGAACUUGACCCUUCUCUUACGAGUUAUGAUUUCACCAUUUUCAAGUCGCAAUGACAAACCCCAAAGCAGUAGCUUCUCUUCUUCAGAUAGCACCCUUCAUCUCUCUCCUCUUGCUAGCUAUAUUUCCAUACCCAAUUCUGUCCACAAAAAGUUUCCAAGCUUUUGAUUUCCUACAGCAGCUGGAUGGAUGCCACAAAGGUCAGAAAGUUGAAAGCAUUCAUGAACUCAAACAGUACCUCAGAAAAUUUGGGUACUUCGAUGUCUAUUAUAACCAUACCGAACAUGAACAUAACAAUGGAUUUGAUGACGAUUUAGAAUCUGGAAUCAAAACUUACCAACUUAAUUACCAUCUCAAAGCCACCGGAAAGCUGGAUGCUCAAACAGUGAAACAGAUGAGGAUGCCUAGAUGUGGAGUCCCAGACAUUGUCAAUGGCAAGACUUCCAUGAGAUCGGGUAAGAAGAAGCACACUAAUGGAGGAAAUAGCAGCUCACUGCACAGUGUCUCGCUCUACAGCUUCUUCCAAGGAAGCCCAAGAUGGCAAGAUUCCAAAUCCCACCUUACCUAUCAGUUCAGCUCUACCAUCCCAGUCACUGAUCUCAAAACUUUGAAAACUGUCAGCAAACGAGCUUUUGCGAGAUGGGCAGAGGUGAGCCAUUUCAAAUUUUCUGAAGCUACUGACGAGGCAGCAGAUAUUGUUAUUGGAUUCUACAGUGGUGAUCAUGGUGAUGGAUCCAGCUUUGAUGGUCCUGGAGGAACACUUGCUCAUUCCUUUUCACCAACAGAUGGAAGGCUUCAUUUCGAUGCAGAAGAGAAUUGGAGUACUAAUCCAAAGCAAGACAUGAUGGACAUAGAAACAGUUGCUGUACAUGAAAUUGGUCAUCUGUUAGGGCUUGAGCACAGCUCAGAACCAAAAGCCAUCAUGUAUCCUAUCAUCUUAUUUGGAUCCCAAAAAAGGAAACUGCACGGUGAUGAUGUUCAAGGUAUACAAGCCUUAUACGGUCAUAUUGCAUAAUUAUAAUUAUUAUCAUAACAAUAGAAAAUAAAUG